AGAAGCAUUCCUUUUGCUGUUGUUGGAAGCAACACAGUAAUCGAGAGUAACGGCAGGAGGGUUCGAGCCCGUGUCUACCCAUGGGGAACGGUAGAAGUGGAGAAUCCAGCUCACAGUGAUUUUGUGCAUCUGAGGAACAUGUUGAUCUGCACACACAUGCAGGACCUGAAACACACCACCCAUCACAUGCUUUAUGAGAAUUAUCGCAUAAACCACCUGUGUGAGAACUUGGGGAAUAUGUGAGGAUCUGGCAACUGGAUAACAGAAAGAAACAUUGAAUACUAGAAAAAAUACAGUAUGUAUAAAAUGGAGUUUAACUGUCGAUAAAUAAAAUGUCUUUAUUUUUAUCUUUUCAGGCACAGCUUUAUAACAUGUAUGUAACAUUAUUUGGGGAUUAAAAAUAUUUGGCCAUUCAAAAAUCUUCCCAAAUAAAAUAGUGACCAAAA